AAAGAAAGAUUUAACUGGACUGGUCGUCGAUCUGGACUGGACCUGCUGAAAAUCGCCCACAAAAAGCAAGAGUGGCAGACCCUGUUAGCUGCCGCCUGUAGCUAACCAUGUGCUCCCCUUCCCACCCCUGCAACGACAGUGCUGGAAGCGGAGAACAUUUUCGAAACUAAAAGGUGGCGGUGCCGGGAGAAGAUGGCGUAGUUAUUGGCGCAAAUUAUAAACAUGGGAAAAGCUAAAGGACCAAGGAAACAUUCCAUGCAGACAAGAAAGGAGAACAGUCUUCCAUACAGCGGACGCUGCAGCAUUUUGACAGCCAGGCCUUUGUCCUCCCGAGUGACUUGGGGGCUGGACACCAGCUCCACCAUCAACAUGUACAGUGAGAUGGGAGUGCUGCCUCUUGUGGCUGCUGAUGAUGACAACAUCAACAACGACAAUGAUGCGAUAGAAGGUGACAACACUGGUAGCCUUAUUACCCCGAUGAUAGAGAUAAAAGACUCUAUGAAUCAGCCUCUUUUACCACCGGCACCACGCAUCUUAGUGGCUAGUCAACGUGACAACUGCUUCCUGGGCAAGACUGUUGUUAUCACUAAGCUUACACCUGGCAAAAGUGACUACCAGCUCUUCAAGCGCCGCACUUUGGUGCAAGAAUCUUCUGCUCCAGAUCCCUUCCUGAAUCUGUCAGAUGAGGUCAUCUUGCAUGUCUUUCGCUUCCUACCAAGAUUUGUGCUUUGUACCUGUGCUCAGGUGUGCAGGCGAUGGAGUAGUCUUGUGAAUGAUGAAUCACUGUGGCGGAGAGUUGAUCUUGGAGGAAGGGUUAUCCAGGCUAAGCAUGUGUCAUCCCUGGUCAACAGAGGCACCAGUCGCCUGCGACUAAAUGGCACUGAGAUAUUAGGAACCAGGCUGGAGGGCUUGCGACCUAUGUUCACAACACAGAAGAUAUGUAAGCUACAGUAUCUGGAUCUGAGCAUGGCAAUGGUGGAGCCUGACUUGCUGGUGCAGCUAUUCAGCCUGUGCAAGGAACUACGCAAAUUAAGCCUGGAGAAUCUGCAGCUUAACAAUGCUGUUUUCAACAUGCUGGGAGAGAAUGAAGACCUUGAAGAACUGAACCUGUGCAUGUGUCAUGGCAUCACCACCGAUGGACUCAGAGCCAUCUUUAGCAACUGUAAAUGUUUAGAAGCCCUGAAUGUAGCUUGGACUGCCAUGUCCCAAUCUACCAUCAACUAUCUGUCAUUGUGCCUGCCAGCCAACAUUCUCAAACUCAAUCUUAGUGGUUGCAGGGAAAACAUUACAGACAAAGAUGUUGUUGAGCUGUGUAGAGCAUGUCCUGACCUAAUGGAGCUGGACCUGAGUGAUGCCACGCUCCUCACAUGUCACGCUGUCCUGCACAUCAGUAAGCACCUGCAGCAGUUGGAACACCUGGCUCUCAGCCGCUGCUACCACAUCUCCCCAAGAACCCUUUCUUGCCUGGCCAGCCUUCCUCGCUUGCAGGCUGUGGACUGCUUUGGCAUGCUAGGUGACAACCCUUUACAAGAGCUGAAGGAAAAGUUGCAAGGUGUGCAGGUCAACAGCUUCCCAUUUUCAUCCAUUGCUCGCCCCACCACGGGGCUGAGACGAACCAGCAUAUGGGGGCAGAGAGUGAGGGAAAGUGUGAAUUAAAUAUUUAUCUUAUUUGUGCCAGAGUGUGGGAUGGGUGUCUGAUGUGUACUAAGCCAUGUAUUAAUGGAAUGUGUUCAAAACAUCUUGAUUACAGACUGACAGCAUGAUGAUGUGAUCCUUUGUGAAUCAUAGUUACAGCUAACCAUUUGGUAUUGGGUGCAUCACAAAGCACAUUGACAGUUUGGGAACUUCAUGUAUAGCUAAAUGCUCACUGUUCAAGGUUUCAUUUCACAUCACAGAAUGUUUGAUGAACAUCAUAAUCAUUUGACUUGUUCAGGAAAGUGUUGGUGAAAAUAAUCAAAUUAUCUCGUAUAAAAUUAUAGCAGAAUCUUGAUACAAGUAAAUGUGUGAAUCUUGGUAUGUGAAAAUACAACUUUGUGCGCAUGUUGUUGAAUGAUAAUCAUGUGACAAGUAAACAUUAUAUCAAUGGUGGCAAGAUUAAAAGGACUUGUCAUUUAAGUCCAGGAGAGAAUAGUGUUUAAAAAGAAGUUUCGAAGCCAGCACAUGACCCAACACUAGAGUAGCACUUCACCCUUUCAUGACACCAUCCAGCUCAUCUGAGAGAAAGGUCAAGGCUUUGUUUUAUUCCCUAAAUACAUAAUCGCCUUUUUGUUUUGUUUUAAUGGUUUAGCAUUUAGUGGAAGAUUACAAUGAAUGACCCUAGCAGGAAAAACUACUGUAUCUUCUUUUUGAUGCUUUUUUGUUUCUGCCUUCGGUGGACAUCACUGGGACGCCUACAAAACAAAUCUUUAGCUCUUAAGGGAGAUUAACUACAGUAAUUUAUCCUUUUUUGUUUCCCCCAACAAGGCUUUUGACAGAACCUAGGCCUGCCUCUCCCCCUCCCUUCUUGGGGGUCUCUCGCUGAAGUUUUCAGGUAUUGAUGUCACAUUUUUACUAACCAAGUUAACAUUUAGCUAAUAAAAUGUAUCUGGUUUAAAAGUUACUCAACAUGUCUGGUUACAACGUCAAAGCUGGUUUGACCGCAGCACUUGGAAAUUACCAGUUAUUAAUUAACUAGUAAAGAUACCAAGUCAUGCUUGGUGAUAGAAACUUAA